GAUUUGUAAAGAUAUACUGCAUUCACAUGGUUUGAUUGUCUGUUUGGUAAUGGUAACUUCAAUUUUACAGUUUUUUGGACUGAGAUUUGAAGAGAAAAUAACUUUUUUUUAAUCUUUUAUCAGUAGAUUUCAAUACAAUCCCAUCAAAGUUAUAUUUUUUUAAUGGAAAAUCAUUAAAAGGUUUAAACAACUACAAGUCUCUGUCGGUCUGUCUUUCCAUUUUGGUCUUUUACAGUACACCCCCUUUCUCCGUGUUUGUGUUUCAUUGUGUUUGUUCUGUUACACAUCAUAUAAAUAUUUUGAAGCCGCUUUUUUGUUACUGUUCUGUGCUUUUUUUUCGUUGAUUUUGAGGCAUAAACGUUUGAUUUUCAAGAUGAUUUGUUCGAUCAAAAGUUCUGUGCCCGUUCCAGCGUUGAGUGGGUCUGAUUCGGUUUCUCAAAAGAGGAUUGUUUCACUGACACAAAGGCGAUCUUCUCUUUCGCCAUCUUUACCACAAAUCAUCCCAAAGUUUUCACUUUCUGUCACGAAACCACUCCAUGUUUCAUCGGUUUCAAGCUUUGAGAAACCCCGGAAGUCGUUGGUCACAUGCAAGGCUUUUGAAGCGGACAAAUCGCAGCCCAUUGAAGGAUCAGGAGUGGCCAAAUCGGAGACGGCAAGAAAGAUCAAAAUCGGAAUUUAUUUUGCGACCUGGUGGGCUUUGAAUGUGGUGUUCAAUAUAUAUAACAAGAAGGUAUUGAAUGCGUUUCCAUAUCCGUGGUUGACUUCAACCCUGUCUCUGGCUUGUGGAUCUUUGAUGAUGUUGAUUUCGUGGGCAACAAGAAUUGCGGAGACUCCAAAGACGGAUUUAGAGUUUUGGAAGACUUUGCUUCCUGUUGCUGUGGCACAUACAAUUGGGCAUGUUGCGGCAACAGUGAGUAUGUCUAAGGUGGCAGUUUCUUUCACCCACAUCAUCAAGAGUGGAGAGCCAGCUUUCAGUGUCUUGGUUUCAAGGCUUCUGUUGGGUGAGAGCUUCCCGGUGCCAGUGUACUUGUCCCUUUUACCGAUCAUAGGUGGCUGUGCUCUUGCUGCCGUGACUGAGCUAAACUUCAACAUGACUGGUUUUAUGGGGGCCAUGAUAUCAAACUUGGCAUUCGUCUUUAGGAACAUAUUUUCAAAGAAGGGCAUGAAGGGAAAGUCAGUUAGGGGGAUGAACUACUAUGCUUGUCUCUCUAUGUUAUCUCUCCUAAUUCUCACACCCUUCGCAAUAGCUGUCGAGGGACCACAGAUGUGGGCAGCAGGCUGGCAAACAGCCGUCUCUCAAAUUGGACCACAAUUCAUUUGGUGGGUGGCGGCUCAAAGUGUGUUCUAUCAUCUUUACAACCAAGUGUCUUACAUGUCUUUGGAUGAGAUCUCCCCCUUGACAUUUAGCAUCGGAAACACCAUGAAACGUAUAUCUGUCAUAGUCUCCUCAAUUAUCAUCUUCCACACACCAGUCCAGCCAAUCAAUGCCCUUGGAGCUGCUAUUGCAAUCCUUGGAACAUUCUUGUACUCCCAGGCAAAGCAGUGAGAAGUGAGGUUGCGGACUUCAUAUUUCAUCAAGUGAACGGUGAUGAUGAGAUUGAGAGAAUACUACGUUUGUUCAGUAGGUGUUUAGCGUAGAGGAGUGUAGAUCGGUUGCUGUCUUUCGGGAUCAAUGUUUGCCGGAUUUUGGCCAGAUGCACCAGCAUACUAUCUUGGUGUAUAUAAGAAUAAUAAUAAAUGAAUGAUGAAUGUAAUCAGACUUAUACAGGGUAAUUAGGGAGGCUUUUUUUUUUUUCCCCUUUAUGUGUUGAUUAGGUUGAGGGGAGAAACGUCCCAAUAAACAUGGUUUGAUGUUUGAAACCUUGAAUGUUUGAAGAGACCCGAAACAACUUUGUGGAAAAUUUGAUUUCUUUUUUGGGUUCUCUGGAUGCAACUCCUUUAAUUGGAAUUGCCUCUUCAUUCAUUGAAUGGGCAGGCUUUUUACUUGGGUCAA